AUGACACUUGACGCAAUUGACUGACUUGACAGUUGACAGACGUAUGAAAUGAACGAGUUGUUUGCAAAUCGGACUUAGAUUUUGUGAUUUCUCUCUGAAUAUCGGUCACCACCACCGUACAAAAAAUAACGGGAUUAUGUGCAAACGGUUUUAAUGUUUACCUACUUUGAUGAUGAAGAUAUCUAACAUAUCAUUUAGAAAAUGGUAAUUUAAAAGAAGUGUUCAAGUUUCGAUAAAAUUUAAAUUUCUAUCUCUUUAAACAUGGAUACUAAUAAGAAAAGUGAAGACAUGGACAUUCCAACCGUAGAAGGAAACCUGCUGCAGCAACCCAAAGAAGAAAAAACGCUAACUCGAAAUCCACUAAUGAAAGUGCGAACAUAUGUGCUUGCCUUGCGUCCUUGGUCGUUGAGUGCAAGUUUGUUACCGACUCUGCUGGGGGCUGCGCUUGCCUACCGUCUUCCCGGCGAUAGUGGCUUUAGUUGGUGCACUUUAUUGUUAACAUUGUGCACUAUCAUUCCUGUUCAUGGUGCUGGCAAUGUGGUAAACACAUACUUUGAUUUCGUUAAAGGUAUUGAUAAUCGUAAAUCUGACGAUCGAACUCUAGUUGACCAUAUUUUGAGUAUAGAUGAAGUUGUAUCUCUUGGUGCUAUAUUAUACCUUGCAGGAUGUGCUUCCUUUGUCCCACUUGUAAUAUUAUCACCAGCUCGUAUGGAGCAUUUGGCUCUGGUAUACUUUGGAGGAUUGUCUUCAUCAUUUUUGUAUACUGGUGGUAUAGGAUUAAAAUAUAUAGCUCUUGGUGAUAUUUUAGUUUUAGUUAUAUUUGGACCAGUAUCAGUAGUUUUUGCCUUCUUAGCACAAACUGGUAGAGUGGACUGGCCAAUAAUUUACUAUGCAAUUCCACUUGCUCUGAACACUGAGGCUAUUCUACACAGUAACAACACUAGAGACUUGGAGACAGAUAGUAAAGCAGAAAUUGUAACAUUAGCAAUAUUGAUUGGUAGAACAGCUUCAUAUUUGUUGUAUGCAUUUUUGUUAUUCACACCUUACAUUAUGUUUGUGGUAGCUUCUGUGCGCUGUUCGUGGUGGUUCUUACUUCCAAUGCUAACAUUGCCAAGAGCUUUUGAUAUAGAAAGAAGGUUUAGAAGCCCUGACACAAUGAGAUAUGUACCACGACAGACUGCUAGACUAAAUUUCUAUUUUGGCAUGCUGUACAUGAUAUCAUGUCUCUUUGCCCAUCGCCUUCCAUUCCUUCUUCGGUAACAAGUUAACUGUACAAGAACAAAGAUUUAAACUGUUGUUAUUUGACUAUAGUAUAGGACUGACCAUUUUUGUAAGUUUCUAUAAAAGAUGUUGUAUAUUUUUGUAUUUUAUGUAAGGUAAAUAAUGCUGAGGCGAUAAGGAUAUCCUGUCUCAAAUGAAUAAUAGCUUUAGUAAAAUGGUAGAUAUUGUUGAUUCAGUUUGUCUUUUCUGUUCUAUAUUCAAUUUAAGCCUUUUGUAUAUGGUAAGAAAAUUUGGAUCUAGAAAAAAUUCUAUUAAUUUAUAGGGUCAAACUACUAUAAAUUUUGUAAUCAAAAAUGCAAUGAAAGGCGGUGAUAUUGUAUUUAUAUGUGCCUUAGGCCUACCACCUUUUUCUGGUCAUUAUAAAUUUGCUAAUAAGUUUAUCUUACUGUUGAUUUAAUAUUCGAGAUCAACAUAUUUGUAAGUGUAAUUUUGUAAGAAUAUAUAAUAAUUAUGUGCGAGGAGGAAAAGUUAUGCUAUAUGUAUUUAAGUGAUCCAUCAUAAAUCAACAUAGAAAGCAAAUUCAAUGCUCAAGAGCGGAAAUAGCAUUUAAAGAUUUUUUCUUAUGAUGGAACAUGAUAAUCAUGUAAAUAGCUUUGUUAAGUUGUAUGAGCGUCAUUGUUGCAUAAAGAUGUAAAGGAAUAGGUUGGUGACACUGAACUUCCUCUAACAAAUAUAAUGGAGUCUGAAUUUCAAUGAAUAUUGUGUAGUCAAUGAGAUAUUCAUAACACAUCUCGCUUUUGUGAUUGCUUUAGUUAUGUGUACACAAAUUUAAAAUAUCAUCUACCUCUAUAAUGUCUAAGAAUUAAUGUUUUCAAGAUAUUUACGUAAAUAAUGUUGUUUAGUACUUUUUGUAAUUUCAAUACAAUGAAAUCUCUUGAUUGUAAACUGACAAUAAUUUAUUUCAUUAGCUAGUAAAUUUAGCCCAAUAUAAUGAAUGUAAAAGUGAAUACUAAAAUUGUGAUGACAAAAA